AUGAAAUUGAAAGAGUCGAUGAAGCGAGUGGCGGGUCCGAUUGUCGUCGGAGUGUUCACGCCAUUGCUUCUGAUCGCUGCCGUCGUCAUUGUGCACGUCAUCAGGAUGACUGCGGCAUCGACGAGAGCCGAGAAGCGAGGAGAGUACGUGGAGACCUCCACCAGACGGAGUUGCGCAAACUUCCGCCGCGUACCUCUCGGCGGCGUCGAUGAGUUCGACUUUGGGGCCGAGAGCUCGAUGGUGGACGGCGUGGCGGCCUUUCGCCAGUUCGUGCGGAGCAAUUUGCAAGAGCUUCGACCGGCAGUCUUUAGGAACGUCCUGACUGACAACGAGUACCUGACGCGCAUCCGCAAUGACGAGGAGCUCGCUGAAAUGCUCACAGCGAAUGGGGUCGAAGUGCAGGCGGAGGGCUCGCUACACGAGUUUGAGUACAGAGAGCGCAACGGAAAGCCCGAGAUUAUGUCGGCCGCAGAUUACAUUGCUCGAUCAAAGAGGGAGAAGCUGUACGUGGUCGACUCGGACUUUGGCUGGCUGAUCGAAGGUGCUGGUGUGAGCAACACUACAUCGCAAUUCCUGCGUGGCUUUUCGGGCGCGCUCAGGGAGGCUGUUUCGCACUUGUGGUGGAGCGGCAGCGGCGGCCAGCAAUCGGUCACCCACUUUGACAGUCACGAGAACUUUGCCGUCAUGCUCAGAGGCAACAAGACAUUCUACGUCGCCGAUCACACGCAUUAUGACAACGUGUACUAUCCGUAUGAAGCAGAAGACUACGGCAAGCAGAAGAGUCCGAUCGACUUCAAGCAUCCGGAAAAGUACCUUUCCAAAUAUCCACGGUACAACAGAUCCAAGUGGAUGAAGGUGGUUCUCACACCCGGCGACAUGAUUUACGUGCCAAUCGGCAUGCUGCACCACACCGAGGCGCCGCCCAACGAGACAUCGAUGAUGGUGAAUUACUUCUUUCAGAUGCCGGUGUGGCACGCCUAUAUCGCCACCAAAGACACGCUGGUGAGCGACGCUUCGAAGAGAAGCAACGAUUGCAGCUGCCCUUCAGCCGAUGACGUCUGGCCGCCGCUGCCGCCUGGCCGCACGAGCACGUUCCAGCACACCUUCCUCACCUCGAGCGCGCGAUGGAUGACAGAAGCUCUUCGCAGUCUUGCGUUUGGCAUCUUCACGGGUGCGCCAUUGAAGUUCAUCGUGGUUGGCGCGCACUUUUGCCACGGAUGCCACACGGACAUUGUGUGCUACACGAUGUAUGCACUGAAAGAACGGCUCGAUCGCAUCUUGGAGGAGUGGCUCCAAGAGUUCUCGGCGGCGAUUUGGGACCGUGCGGCACUGGAACGGCCGGCGACAACGUGGGGGGACGCCAUCGCGCUCCGCGAUAUAGACAACAGUGCUCGGUCGAGCCUUGUGUCGAGAGUGAAGAGCGAGGCGCUGCACUGCUCCGCGUUCCCAGCCGCCGACGUGGCCCUGUUUGGAAUCGUUGUCCUGAGCGGACCAGUUGCCCUGCUCAGUGUGUGCGACUGGAAGCGGAGAAGGAGGAAGCGUGUCGAGGAGCGGGGCUGCAUCGACUAG